UUGAUCCAUUUUGAACAAUUCAACGAUCACCGAAUUUAUUGAAGUGAAUAUGAAUUGUGGAAUUCUUAUGUUUAUUCUAUUGAUAAGCUGCUGUUGUGCAGUUGGUGUCAUACGAUUAGAAACAUCAGAAAAAGUAAAGGAAAAUAAACUAAAACCAAAAGCAGCCAAAACGAAACGUGGUAUGGUUCGGUUGGACGUAAAUUUAGAAAGAAUUAAGGAAUUGGAAUUUAAACCAGAUCCAGUUUAUUUUGGGUGUAUCCACAAUACUAGCAUGACCGAAUUUGAUGUGGUGAGAAGUGACGAUAAAAUCGGAAUAUUGGAAUUAAGUGAAAAGCUUAAUAAUGGCAGAGAUCUUUCGUUGUUUUUCUUAUGCACAGGCGAGACUAUUUCUAAAAAAGAUAGAAGAUUUAUCAACUCCUUCGAAUGGUUUAUUCACUCCGAUACGAAUAUAUGCUACAUUGCGUAUGCCUUCAACGAUUAUGAAUAUUCCAUUUACAAUUUAAUUUUUUACAUCAAACGAAUAUUGGAAACGAAUCGAGUUGAAUUUAUUGCAAAGGAAACAAGUGAUUUGUUGAUGAAUGUUCGGAAGAAGUGUUUGGAAACACAAAAAAAUGGAUGUCUAAAGCAUAUGUCGCAGGUGAUUGUGGUGGGUUACUCAUUAGGAAGCCAUAUUGGUGCAUAUGCGUGUCGGUAUUUGUUUCAAACAACCGGUGAAAAAGUAAAAAAAUUGAUAGGUUUAGAUCCAGCAGCAAUUUCAAUUUUUGAAGUAGAGCCGGACAAAAGCUACAUUAAGAGUGGCGACGCGGAAUUUGUGCAAGUAAUCCACACGAGCUAUUUGGGCACUCAAUUGAAAACAUCCGAUAGUGAUAUUUAUAUUAAUUCCGAUAAUUGGUACAUCCAUAACAAUCAUCGGCUUGCUGUUGAGUUGCACGAACUCAUAUCAGCAAAAAAACUGAUUUUGAUUGCUUCACAAAGUGGCAAUAGCAAAGUGAUCAAUUUACAAAGAAACUUUUGUUUCGAUCCCGAUAAUAUUGAACUCGAAAGUGAUGAAUGCAUUGUCGGUGUGUACAGCCAUGGUCAUCAGAGGGAUGAGGCUGCCGCCGAAGAAGAUGAAACUGUCUAUGAAGUUGAAUUUCCGAAUAAAUCCAUGAAGUUCUACUGAAUGUGACGUGGAAAAAUCCGUGUUGCUAUUCACUUAAUUGUAAAAAAAAAGAUUAUGUUCACUUUUGUUGUAACUCCGUUUCUAUCCUUGUAACAAUUCUGCCAAAAACCAAUUCUUUAGUGAAAAUAUUUUGAUAUCAUUUUUGAGACUAUGUAUGAAUAAUUAACUCAAUAGGUCCCGAGCAAUCCACAGUCCUGUUCGGAGCAACGAGGGGCAUCAAUUAAGGAGCGAGUGAUGAACAUUACCUGCAUCUCUUAAUCAGAACUCAUCACACAACAAGUUUCUCAAAAAAAAAAAAAAAAAAAAAAAA